ACCACAGCUCCUGCUGUGGUUCGGGAGGGGAAGGUUUAACGACGGCCCCCAGCCUUCAGGGAGGACCCUCACUGCUCCCAUUGGGGCUCAUCUGAGAGCUGGGCCGACCCUGUGGGAUGUGUUGUGCCAGCAUCGGUGUUCAGGCAAGGAUUCCUGCUUGAAAGGAGCAGAAAGCAGUGAGCUGACAGCAGCACCAUGCAUGAGCUCAACGAAAGCAGCUUCGACCCCAUCACCUUCGUCCUGACCGGCAUCCCGGGCAUGGAGGAGUCCCACAUCUGGAUCUCCGUCCCUUUCUGCCUGAUGUACAUCACUGCACUGUUCAGCAACUCCGUCCUGCUCUUCGUCAUCGCCACGGAGCGCAGCCUCCACGAGCCCAUGUACCUCUUCCUCGCCAUGCUGGCUGUGUCCGACCUGAUGCUUUCGACCACGACGGUGCCCAAAAUGCUGGCGAUCUUCUGGUUCAGCGCCCGAGAAAUUUCCUUCGACGCCUGCAUCACUCAGAUGUUCUUCACCCACUUCAGCUUCAUCGUGGAGUCAUCCGUCCUGCUGGCCAUGGCCUUCGACCGCUACGUGGCCGUGUGCGACCCGCUGCGCUACCCGUCCACGCUGACGCCCUCGGUGAUCGGGAAGAUCGCGCUGAGCGCCGUGCUCCGGGGCUUCUGCAUCAUGUUCCCUCCCAUCUUCCUGCUGAAACGGCUGCCCUACUGCGGGCACAACGUCAUGCCCCACACCUACUGCGAGCACAUGGGCAUCGCCCGCCUGGCCUGCGCCGACAUCAGGGCCAACGUGUGGUACGGGCUGACCACGGCGCUGCUGUCCUCCGGGCUGGACGUGGUGCUCAUCGCCGUCUCCUACGGGCUCAUACUCAGGACCGUCUUCCAGCUGCCGUCCCCCGAGGCUCGCCUCAAAACCCUGAGCACCUGCGGCUCCCACCUCUGCGUCAUCCUCAUGUUCUACACGCCCGCCUUCUUCUCCUUCCUCACGCACCGCUUUGGCCACAGCAUCCCAGGCCACGUCCACAUCCUGUUGGCCAACCUCUACGUCGUGGUCCCACCGAUGCUCAACCCCAUCGUGUACGGGGUGAGGACGCGGCAGAUCCGCGAGCGCGUGGCCCGGCUGCUCUGCCCUGCGGGGCAGUGCCUCCAUCCCGGCUGUGGGAGCCGCUGCUGAGGGAAAGGGGGCGCGGAAUGGGGUCUGGAAGGCAGUGUGAGGUGUGCUUGCAUUGGGGUCAUGGGUUUGUCCACCAGGCUCUGGAGAAGCUGAAGGGUUUUCGGAUACGUGGGCCAUCAGCCCCUUCAUUGCUACUGAUGCUGCCCCUGAGUGCUCCAUGCAGCAGAGAUGGGACACGUGGGUCGGAUGAGGAAAUGUCCAUUAAACCACAGCGUCCAAUGCCACACUCAAAACCCCACAGCAAACUGAAUCACAGCAUCACAGCAUGGUUUGGGUGGAAGGGAGCUCAAGGAUCACGAAGCUCCAACCCCCCACCAAUGCAGGGCCACCAACCUCCCCAUCUCACAGCAGCCCGGGCUGCCCAGGGCCCCAUCCAAGCUGGCCUUGAACACCUCCAGGGAUGGACGGGGCAUCACAGCCUCUCUGGGCAGCUGUUCCAGCCCCUCACCACUCUCUGAGCAAAGAACUGGAGGCAGACAAUGGUCUCAAGUCCUCGCAUCCCAUAGGGACAAUUUUUUCUUACAAAAUUGUUUCACAACACAGCAGUGCUCAGUGUAAAGUGCACGUCCUUUGCUCCCAUGCUGCUCUUUGAUCACCCACCAAUUUGCUGCCGUACAUUCCACUUAUCCUCCACCACCAG